AUGGAGGAGGAUGCGCGCGCUCGUCGCGUGGAAAUGGAAGAGCAGCUGCGUGAACACGAAGAGCGGAUGCGCGAUCUUCGCGAGACACACAGGCGCAGGCAGCGCGAGGACAUGGAUGAGGAGGAAGAGCGGCGCCGUGCACGGCGGGAGGAGCGGCGCGAGGACAGGCGCCCCCUUGAUCGAGAAGAGCGCCCAACGAGGCGAGAAGAGCGCCCAGCGGGGCGGGAGGAGCUCCCAACAGGACGGGAGGAGCACCCAACGGGGCGGGAGGAGCGCCCAACGUGGCAGAAUGUCCUUUUUCCAGCUUCCUCGUGUGAGGCAUGGGGGCGAGCGCAGCGCUCCGCGGACAAUGCUGGUGCGUCGGAUCGCAGAGGCGGCAAGAGCGGCAAAGGGCGCGGUCAUCGCGAGAGCUACGUUGGCCGUGAGGUGGAUCUACAAGUUGGUCAGCCACUGGACAAGAACCGUGGCGGAGGCGCAACAAAAGUCGCUGUGUUGCUGGCCACGUACGAGCGCGAUGGUGUCGCGAGGGAGCUCAAGGAGCUGGCUGAGCGGUUUUCGGAUGAACUCGCUGCACGCGUGGAGCCCGUCAAGGCCAACAGCUGGAGCGACAAGCUCAGGCGCCUCUGCACGGCGAUUGGUCACAGCCAGGCGCGCGAGAUUCGCUAUAUGGUUGAGGAGUACAAGCACGCUCCUCCUGUCAAGGCUGCCAUGCAGAAUCGUCAGUGGCAGAGCUACCGGGAGCGCGGUUACCGCGACUGA